AUGUCGUUGUUCUUUCAUGUGAUGGAACAUCAGCCACAGCGUAUAAAUUUGACAGCUGAAGAAUGGCUGACUCGGACUCGACUCUCGCUAACAAUGGCAUUUCACAUGCUUCGCGGAAUCAUGGCAGUCUGUUGCGGCGAUGAACAAUCAGGGCUAAUUCUUAUAGCUCAACAAGUGCUUUUGCAGCAGCAACAACAACCAUACACCGGUGAUACUAGCAAUAGCCUUCGACUGUUCACGACGCACGACACACCACACCAGCUACUUAUGAUGGCGCACAAGAAAAGCCCCGUCAGCCAUAGCAUCACAGCAUUUGGUAGCAUCAUGCUGAUGUUAGCCAUGUUCGCUGGCUUAUGGGCUGUCACCUCUCAAUCACCAAGGACCAAGAACGUGUUGACUGCCAGAUCCUUCUACGAGCAAAACAACACCGCACACAUCCUCUCUGCUCGAGCCAACGACGGUAACGACAGAGAUCCAAAUUGGUACCCUGUAAGUCGCCAGGUGAUCGUCGACUCAAAUCCAAGGGAGCUCGAUCCCAGGGGCCUCUCAAUCUACAAGGGCAUCGAGUUAUUAUGCAAGAUGGAAGCCACAUUGGAAAGCACUACCAAUCUCCAGACUCAAUGGCCAGACUGGGCAAACCUCGAAAGGUACGGCUGGAGCACGAACAUCUGGCCGCACGACGAGGACAUCCGAGAAACCAUCCAGCUCGAGGACGCCUUCAAUGAUCUCGGCAUCAGUAUCGAUCCCGAAGACUGGUACAAGCUGAUUCAGGAGCACCGGGAAGAGUCAGAGGUAGAUGGUACCACCUACCCGCCUACAGAUGGGCUGUAUAAGAACAUCCUGAAUCUGAAGGACGGAGCCCUUAUUGCGGAGAAUAACGCGAGUCCGGCUCACGUGGUUGGCAUGCGUGGCGAGCUAGAGACGACUCGAAUGGUCCCGCUUAAGCAGUGGUCAGAUGUCGUAUGGCUUGGCAUCAAGCAAUUGACGGAAGCAUUGGAGGAGGAUGACGAUAACUUCGACGCCAAACCCAUCGAACACGUCUUCCGCUUCCACCUCUCGAACCCAGAAACUCGAGCUAGGAUCCUCGCCAUCGCGGGCAAGUCCAGUAUCAAGGAUCUCGGCGAGUGGCCAGGCGUAACGUUUCCGAUCGAGGAGAAUCAAGCUCUUGCUUCGUUGUCUACGCCCAAUGGGAACGGAGUGGGUUGGAUGCUGAUCCAGCAUAAGGGGCAGAUGGGGGUGAGGAAGGUCGAUCGGGUGAAUUUGUUUAAUUGUGAGAGGAAGGACUAUGAUUCGGAUAAUGGAGUGGAGGGGACGGCGCCGAGGGCUUGUAUUUACUAUCAUAUUUCGGCCGUCUGA